CAAGUUUGCAAUGAAAAAAAAUUUACCAUUCUACUCAGCCUCAUUGUUGCUAUAUCAGUUAGCUUUAGUAAUGAAGCGUUGGAGGUGGAACGAAAGCUUGAUUAGGAAUUCUUUUUUAGAGGAGGAAGCUGAUAUCAUUUUAAAUAUUCCUCUUUCGACGUGCAAUCAACAUGAUGAAGUUAUAUGGGGGCCAGAUAAGAAAGACAAGUUUAGUGUUAAAAGUACUUAUAGAUUGGGUGUUCACUUGGCUUCCGCUGACGAGGUCCAAACCUCAAAUUCAGAGGAAGAAGCUAAGAAAUGGAAGAAAUUAUGGAGAACAUUGGUGCCGACAAAAGUCAAGAUUUGUUGCUGGCGAAUUUACAACGACAUCAUUUCUACAAUCGCAAUUUUGAAUAAGAAGGGAAUAGUGAUUCGACAAGGGUGCUCCUUUUGCAAAAAGGAGGAAGAAGAGUCAUCCACACAUAUUUUCUGGAACUGCAGGAACAUGAUCUAUCACAGUAAAGAGAAUCCCAACAUCCAGACGUUAAUUGAGGAAAUUGAAAUUGUUCUACGGAAUCACAAUCUGAAGGGAGAGACAAAUCUGGUCAAGCGGGUCCGGCGAAGCACAAUUGAAGGGAGCAGUUGGACCACGCCACCACACCAUAGAUGGACGCUACCUGGAUGGACUCCCUGAAUCGUGGUGGCAUCGGCUGGAUUCUCCGCGACUCUAAUGGCUCGAUGAUUUCGACUGGGUGUAGGCUUGUGCAUCACAGAUGGCAAAUCAAGGUUUUGGAGGCGAUGACUGUGGUUGAAGGUUUGAAAUCUAUUAACAAGGAAGAAAUGUUAGAAACCAUUGUUGAGUUGGACUGCCUUGAACUAGUUAAUCUGCUGAAAGGGGUGAAUUCCGACCUAACUGAGAUUAGCUUUUCAUCGACGAAGCUUUGCGUCUACAAGAGGUCUAGAGGACUGUCGUGACUUUCUUCCUUAAGGGAAGAUGAUGUUCGUGCGUGCUAAUUUUUUUGUUUUUUGAUGUUUCUGUCUAAAAAAAAAGUAAAAUAAUACAUAUAUAUGUCAAGAUAUGAAUAUAGUAGAUAUCGCUCCAAUAGUACUAGAAAUUUUCAUCAUU